UGCCCUUUAUCUAGGUCUCGGGGCCGCCUCCAGCCCUCGAAUCCGGUGGUGACCCACCGCCGCACUCCCUCCCUAAAUCCCAAAUCAACAACACACUCAAGAGGUCGCCGGAGCUUCCCAUCGACGCAGCAAGCUGCUCCACCCCCAAAUCCGCGUCACCGGGGAGGGAUCCGGAAUGAUCCGCCGCAGCCGCCGCCGCCGCGGCACCUACCUGACUGACGACGACGACCUCCUCCGGGAAAUCCUCCUACGCCUCCCGCCGCGGCCGUCCUCCCUCCCGCGCGCAUCCGCCGUCUGCAAGCGCUGGCGGGGCCUCGUCACCGACCCAAAGUUCCUCCGCCGCUUCUAUGCCCACCACCGGAAGCCGCCCCUCAUCGGCGUCUUCAACGACCGCUACCCCGAUAGGGUUGCGUUCAGGGCCAUCCUGGGCCGUCCCAACCGCAUCCCUCCUCAGCGCUUCGACCUGCGGCGCCACGGCGUCGAAACUGACUCCGGCUCCAGGACCCGACUGCUCGGGUGCCGCCACGCCCGCGUCCUCCUCAUGGACCAUGUGCACACAGAACUCGUUGUGUGCGCCCCUGUCACCGGCGAGCAGCGUCGGGUCCCUGUUCCCCCGGACCUCGUGAGGGGCUUCCUCAACGGCGCGGUGCUCUGUGCUGCAGGCGAUCUUGGCCAUGUGCACGGCGACUGCCACUCGAGCCCCUUCAAAGUGGUCUCGGUGUCAAGAAAGGAUAAUCGACCGACCGCCCGUGUUUACUCCUCAGAGACUGCCACAUGGGGCAAUCUCAUAACGACAACAGAUCGAUGUGAGCUUGUUGCUGCUAAUCCUGGGAUCCUUGUUGGUGAUGCUCUUUACUGGUCACCUAGAUCUGUGGGUCCUGGUGGUCUCACCGACGACAUAAUAAAGUUUGAUUUGGGUAGACAGAUCCUUGCUGUCAUCAAAGGGCCUCCUGGUUUCAAUGAAUCCUGCAGCCAUCAGAUCAUCCAUACAGAGGAUGGUGUUGUUGGUCUUGCCAUAUUGUCACGGAGUGGACUUGAAAUAUGGCAGAGGAAGGUCAGCUGUCAUGGUGCUGCCACAUGGUUGCUGCAGAAGACUGUUGAAAUGCAUAUUAUUCUUGGGAUAGCUCCUCAAAAUGAAGGAUCUCGCGGAGCGAUGGAACUACUAGGGUACGACGAGGAUAAUGGUGUACUGUUUUUAUAUGCGGCCGCCUAUGUCUACAUGGUUCAACUGAUGUCAAUGCAAUCCAAUGAACUUCAUCUAAGCAAUUCUACCAAUAAGUGUCAUCCUUUCACAUGUUUCUAUGCACCAGCCAUUCCUGGUGGACGCAAUGGACCUGAAAUGCUGCAAGAUACGUAGGAUGAUUGUCUGGUACUCUGGUUUCAGGUGCUAAUGUGCUGGGAUGGUUCAACAGGUGAAGUAACUAUGGGGUGCUGCUGCUGUUCUCACAAGUCUAUCGCGUUGCAUCAAUGUGGUCGGCAG